AUGAAUAGAGAAGAAGGUAAGAGAAUAGAAGAUCAAUCUAGUGUAUCUAUAAAAGAUUUCCCCCCCUUCACUUACAUUAACUAUGAUCAUGCGGGUGUAUUAUCUCCUGAAGACAUUCAUAUCAUAAAGAAGACUGCUGAGUUUUAUGUUUUAUCAACAGUGAAUCAAAAAGAUGAAAAUGACGAUAAUACUAGUGAUUUUUUUUCUAGUUUAAAAGCAGAACUUGGUAAAGAAGAACAAUUUCAAUUUUUAGAUGAACAACAUCCCUUAAAUCCAGUAUUUAAAGAUUUUAUAACACAGUAUAAAUCUGUUUUAUUGAAUCAUGAACCUAUAAAAGAUCAAAACAUUUUUCUCCGACAUUGUUUUGAUAGAGCUACGUAUAAUGAAUAUAAAAGACAGGUGGAAAGAAGUAAUCAGGAACGUUUUAACUUGUACAAGAUUCGUUUUGCAGCAAUAAAUUGGAAUAAAUUUCAUAUUGUAUCGAGUGUGGAAAAUAUUUUGAAGUCACAAAAUGUUAAUAAAAGAAAUGAUAAUAAUGGAAUAAGUACUAAGGCAUCAUCAUCUUCUUCUUUACAAAAUGUAAAGUGUCAUGAACCCCUAGAUUUCUCAAAAUUAAAUAAAAGAAAAAUAUCUUGUAAGGAUAGUGUGGGUUUCCUAAAUAAAUAUUUUGAAGAAAAUAAAGAAGAUAUUAAAGUAGAUCAGGCUUCUGAUUUAACUCAGAAUAAGCAAUCAAUUAUUAAGAAGACUAAGAAACGUAAAGGUAAAAUGUUGAUUAAGGGACAAGGAGAAACCAGAAUUAAUAAAAAAAAGAAAUAA